CUUGAAUUCAUUCUUUAUAAAUGUAACGUCAUGAAUGGUAAUGUUUAAAUCAGUACUUUAAAAGUAAUCUUAGGCCACAUACACACUGAAGCUUACCAAACUCACUUCUGAAAAAUUCAUGUAGUGUCAGUGUAAUUUUUAUUAAAAAUCCAUAGUGUGUUCAGAACCAAACCGAAAAACUUGUUGUUAAUGUAGUGAUGUCACUCUCUGUUGGACACUGACAGCUUGUCUGAGGUGUUGUCAUAGAAAAUCACAGAAACAGAGGUGCAUGUCGCAGACUUUGAUUCUGUCUUCCUCCACUAUAGUAUCUGCUAUCACAAACCCUGCUGUCUAGGGAUAAUCUAAACAUUACGGUCAAGAGUGCACAUUCAAUUAAAAUGCAGAAGCUUAAAGAACAUAACAAAAUCACUAUGGUUAUCACUAUGUUAUCCAUUGCAGUUUCGAUAGUGACUUCGAUAUUCUCUGCAUGUGCACAGUGAUAAUUUGAGGCAGGGUUUUUGUGAAAGGGCAAUCAUAAUCUUGUCUUACAUAAGAUCUUAAAAUGUCUUGAAAUAAAAUAUUGCGUUCUACGCUCAGAACAUCAAUCAUCAAACCCUUCUGCUACAUCAUAGAACCCUUCUGUUUCUUAAUAGUCCUAUCUCUUCAAUGAAAGAACUCUUCUUUCCAUCAUAGAAUCCGCUGUUGCUCAAUAGACCCUUGUUCAUGGGAGUGGUGGUUGCCGGUUCAAUCUCCACAGCCACCACCAUUGUGUCCUUGAGUAAGGCACUUAACUCCAGGUUGCUCCGGGGGGAUUGUCGCAUUGAAUAAAAGCGUAUGCCAAAAUGCAUAAAUGUAAAUGCAUCAUUCAUAAAUGAAUGACAACAAGGCUGUGAGGGAUAGACAUACAGUCUCUUCAAUGGGCUAUACUGUUAUUUAAAGUGUUUUUGGAUAAUUCCGCGGCGAAACAGAACCCCUUUGAGCCAUCACAGAACCCUUCUUUUUCUGUCAUAGAACCCCUCUGUUCCUCAAUAGUCCUAUCUUGUCCAUCAUAGAAUUCCUUUGUUCCAUCACAGAACCCCUCUGUUUCAUCACAGAACCCCUCUGUUUCAUCAUAGAACCCCUCUGUUUCAUCAUAGAACCCCUCUGUUUCAUCAUAGAACUUUUCUGUUCCAUCAUAGAACCCCUCUGUUCCUCAAUAUUCCAAUCUUGUCCAUCAUAGGAUUUCUGUGUUCCAUCAUGGAACUCCUUUGUACCAUCACCGAACCCUUCUGUUCUACCAUAGAACCCCUCUGUUCCAUAAUAGAACCUCCUUUUUCCAUCAUAGAACUUUUCUAUUCCAUCACAAAACCUCUCUCUUUAUCAUAGAAUCAUUCUGUUCCAUCAUUGAACUCCUCUGUUCCAUAGGGGAUUCAGUCCUGCAUUUUAGACUCUGUUACAGUGACAGCUAAGUUCUUCUUCAUUCUUCACUCAGAGCUAGAAAGAAGUUCAGAACAGUCAACCAACGGUAUACUGUUUGCGAAAAUUCAGACACAGACCAUGCCGCUGGUGGAGGCAUUUAGAGGAGCAUUUAAAUAUGAUGAUGCACAAGACUACAUGUAAAGCUACCACACCUGGAGUCGCGAGUUCAAAUCCAAGGUGUGCUGAGUGACUCCAGCCAGGUCUCCUAAGCAACCAAAUUGGCCCAGUUGCUAGGGAGGGCAGAGUCACAUGGGGUAACCUCCUCAUGGUCGCUAUAAUGUGGUUCGCUCUCGGUGGGGCGCAUGGUGAGUUGUGUGAGGAUAUCAUGGAGAAUAGCGUGAAGCCUCCACACGCGCUAUGUCUCCGUGGUAACGCACUUAACAAGCCACGUGAUAAGAUGCGCGGAUUGCGGUCUCAGAUGCGGAGGCAACUGAGAUUCAUCCUCCACUACCCGGAUUGAGGCGAGUCACUACACCACCACGAGGACUUAAAGCGCAUUGGAAAUUGGGCAUGCCAAAUUGGGGAGAAAAACGGGAGAAAAAAAAAGACUACAUGUAAAGCAUUAACUAAUAUGACAUAUAAAUGUUAUCAAUGACUACAUUAUUCAUUCUAUGAAAAGUCAUCACACCCGUUUAUUCUUCGAUUUUGAUGGAAGUACAGUAUAUUGAUGCCUUUAUGCUGCUUUGUCAUCAUGUUGAAAUUACAGUGAUUAUACAUUUCUGUAGUAUAAAAAAACUCAGAAUUGUAUUAAUUCUCUGACUUUUCCCAUUUGGCCAUUGGAACAACCAAAAUGGCAGUGAGUUCAACAGUUAAGAGUUGUGGGGUAGCAGCCUGUGUUUUAUAUGUUCUUUUUUUUUAUAUAUAACCAGCGUUAACUGGUGCACAUUCUUUUUUUUCUUAAAUAUUUUCAAGACUUGAAUUGAUGUAGUGAUAUACACUGGUGGGCAGAAUUUUGGAAUAAUGUACAGAUUUAGUUGUUUUGGAAGGAAAUUGAUACUUUAAUUCACCAAAGUGGCAUUCAACAGAUCACAAAGUAUAGUCAGGACAUUACUGAUGUAAAAAACAGCACCAUCACUAUUUGAAAAAAGUCAUUUUUGAUCAAAUCUAGACAGGCCCCAUUUCCAGCAGCCAUCACUCCAACACAUUAUCCUUGAGUAAUCAUGCUAAAUUGCUAAUCUGGUACUAGAAAAUCACUUGCCAUUAUAUCAAACACAGUUGAAAGCUAUUUGGUUUGUUAAAUGAAGCUUAACAUUGUCUUUGUGUUUGUUUUUGAGUUACCACAGUAUGCAAUAGACUGGCCAAAAAUGGCAAAAAAGGAACAGCUUUCUCUAGAAACUCAUUAGUCAAUCAUUGUUUUGAGGAAUGAAGGCUAUACAAUGCUUGAAAUUGCCAACAAACUGAAGAUUUCAUACAAAGGUGUACACUACAGUCUUCAAAGACAAAGGACAACUGGCUCUAACAAGGACAGAAAGAGAUGUGGAAGGCCAGAUGUACAACUAAACAAGAGGUUAAGUACAUCAGAGUCUCUAGUUUGAGAAAUAGAUGCUUCACAUGUCCUCAGCUGACAGCUUCAUUGAAUUCUACCCGCUCAACACCAGUUUCAUGUACAACAGUAAAGAGAAGACUCAGGGGUGCAGGCCUUAUGGGAAGAAUUGCAAAGAAAAAGUUAGAGUGGGCAAAGAAACAGACAUUGGACAACAGAUAAUUGGAAAAGAGUGUUAUGGAUCUUAACCCCAUUGAGCUUUUGUGGGAUCAGCUAGACUGUAAGGUGCGUAAGAAGUGCCCGACAAGACAGCCACAUCUAUGACAAGUGCUACAGGAAGUGUGGGAUGAAAUGUCACCUGAGUAUCUGGACAAACUGACAGCUAGAACGCCAAGGAUCUUCAAAGCUGUCAUUGAUGCACAUGGAGGAAUAUUUUGAUGAGAACUCUUUGAAGCAGUUUAAGAAGGCUCUGACAGGCCACAUAGGAAAAGAGCAGACCCGGUUGAUGACUCUUUGGGGACGCGUGGUCACACUAAAACGCCAGUGUCACUCUCUGAAGACUGCGACUGACAAAGACCUGUGGGAGAUGAAAGCAGAGAUCUCUCGUCUCUCCUCUUCUCUUCUCUCUGUGUGGGCUUCUCCUCGAUCAUCCUCCAACCUGCCCCUGGACUCAUCUAUAACCCACUCCACUACAGCACACCCCUUCACCUCCACUCAGGGGCCACUGUCUUUAGUUGAUUUGGAUCAUGAACAGAGAGGAGAGAUGAAGUCGAUUGAAUUUAAAACUGACUUUGAGUUAGAGGCCCUUGAACUCAGGAACAGGAUCACAGAACUGAUAAUUACCGUAAAAGCUUUGGAAUCUGAAAGAGAGAAGCAGGAUGAAGAGAUGGAGAAGAGACACAGGCAAGAGAUGGAGAGAGAACGAGAGCAAGAGAGGAAGUGGGAGAGACAGAUAGAAAUGGAAAGAAACUUUGAAUCUGUCAAGCAUGCUGUCAGGACACUGUCCAGGGUUCUCAGUUCUCAGCAGAUGAGUGGGCAGUCUAGCUCUCUCUCUGUUGAUGAUGUGUCCAGUGAAGGACUGUCCUCUGUCCUCUCUGUCAUCGCUCAAGCUGAGACUGCCCUGCAAUGGCGACAACAGGAAGUGCAGGAUGCUCAGUUAAGCUUGCGUAGACUAGGGGUGGAGAAACAAUCCCUGGAGCAACAAAUCACACAGCUGGAGAGUGAGAGGGAGGAGCUUCAGGAGCAGAUCAAUCAGGCAGCACUUGAGAUUAAACACACUCAAGAACUACUGAACAGUGAGAGGGAGAUGGUAAGCAGUUUAUCUAGUCAGGUGGAAGAGGCUGAGAGAUGCACAGAAGAUCUGAGAAAAGAGAACGAACAACUGAGACGAGAGAGGGAGAAGGAGGAAGAGGAAAGAGUCGAUUUGGAGAAAGAGAGACAGAAACGUCUAGAAUCUAAGAUCCUGGAGGCUGCUGAGCUGUGUGAGCGAGAGACUCGCACCCGUCUUGAGCUCCACAGCCUGCAGGGGGCACUAGAGAGAGAGAAGCUGGACAGAGCACGAGCUGAGCAAGAGGCUACCGACACUAAAGAUUCUUUACUCAAGGCACGGGAGUCAUUACUGUCCCUGUCCUCCAGUCAAACACAGCUGAAGAGAGAGCUGGUAGAAAGCCGAGAUGCCCUGGAGAAAAUGGCCACUUUAAAUGAAGCUCUAGCCAAGGACAAGAGAGAACUCAGUGUUUGUUCUCUGCAGCUGGAGACGGAGGUGGCAGAAGCCCAGUCCCAGAUCCAGGCAUUUGGCUCCAAGCUGGCAGGUCUGUGCCGGGAACUGAAGACCGUGUCUCUAGAGGCCAGUGAAUUAAGGGAAUGGAGAGAGACGGAUCUGAAAACUCUGCAGCAGCUCAGAGACAGAGAGACAGAGCUGAAGAAUGAGCUGGACACUGAGAGGGAGGAAAGAGAGAGGGAGGUGACUGCUCUCACCGAAGAGAAGGGGAAAGAUGAACAAAAGAUUGUAGAGUUAAGUGAGCAGCACAGAGCUGUGAUUAAGGAGUUGCAGAGUGUCCAGGCAGAAUUGCUCAAAGCGGUAGAGCAGCAGAGAAGAGCAGAACGAGAGAGAGAUGACCUACUGAGAGAGAGCCAGAGACUAGAGGACAGAAUAUGCACUCUGGAGAGAGAGGAGGAGGAACUGGAACAAGGCAAAGAGGAACUCAGAGGUGUGGUGGUUUGUCUCCAGGAGCAGAUGGCUCAGGUUCAGGAACGGGCCUCAGGUCUGGAGGUGCAGUGCAGUCAGCUUCAAACACAGGUGGACACGCUCACACAGACCAAAGAUGUCUUGCAAGGAGAGAUUCAAUGUCUACAGACAGACCUGGAGAGAGAGGCAUCACAAAGAGAACGGGAAAGACAAGGAGCAACAGAGGACAAAAGGAGGAGUGAAAGUGAGAUAGAAAACUGGCGAUCAGAAUUCAACAGGCUUCACCGUGACAUUGAACAAAUAUCAAAGAAAAACAGAGUACAAGAGGAAGAGAGCAAAACAGAGAGAGAACGAUGGCAAAGAGAGAGAGAAGCUCUGAAUGCAGAACUUGGCCAGAAAGAUGGAGAAGUGGAGAUACUAAGGAACAGGAUGGAGGGACUAAUCAAGGAGAAAGAAGAGCUUUCAGGCCUCUUGGAUAAAAGAAAUAGAGAACUGGAAAAGCAACAAACAAAAUCUGCAGCAGAGCAGAAAAUGGCUGAACUAAGACUGAGAGAAGCAUGUGAUGAGAUUGAGAGAUGGAAGGAGAGAGAAAAUCAGAUUCAAAGAGAGAAAGAAGAGUUAAAUCAGAAGUUAAUUGAAAGAGUGGAACAAGAAAAUCAGAACCUCAAGGUUACAGAGAGAGAGAAUGCCAAGAUGUCUGAUCUGUUGCAAAAGAAGAAGGAUGAAAUACGAAAGAAAGGAGAGGACAUCAAAGAGUUAAAAUUGAAAAUCCAAUCACAUGAAAGAAUAAUUGAGAGUCUGGAAAUAGAGUUAAAAGAGAAAGAGGCCUUGGAAAGCAGAGUAGCAAGCCUGGAGGAACAGAAUGUUCAACUGAAAGAGAGAGAAAUAGAGAAAACAAGAGCAAAUGAAAGCCAACAAAAGAAAAGAGAUGAGCAAGAGAGGGAGAAAGAAACAAGGUUGAGAGGACAGUUGGAACAGAAAAAUGAAGAAUUGGUAGAGCUCAGAAGCAGAGUUGAAGAACUGAUAUCUCAGAAAGAACAUAUAUCAUUGCUUGUUGAAGAAAGAGAAAAAGAUUUUGAAAGAUUACAGAGCACAUCGUCGACAGAAAAGAGAACUCUUGAACAGAGGCUAAAAGAGGUUAAAGACAAUGCUGAGUGGUGGAAGAAACGAGCUGGCAACAUAGAAAAAGAGAAGGAGAACAUAAAUCGGGCUGCUGAAAGAGAGAGGGUUGAACUGACAGAUCAACUUAGAGAAAGAAAGGAAGAGGUACAAAAAAGAGAGGAGGAUAUUGAUGAUCUUAAAGGUAGAAUUCAGUCAUUAGAGGUGAUCAUGGAGGAACUAAAGACCGAUGUUGAACAGAAGGAUGGCCAACUUAAACUUUUAAUGGAGCAAAACUCACAGAUGGAAGAGAAGGAUAAGGAGAAGCAGAAAGAGCUGGAGAGGAAAGAAGCAGAGCUCAAGAAGCAGGAGAGACAGCUGAAAGGAGAAUUAGAAAAUCACAAUACCAAAAUGGAGGAAGUCUUUAAAGAAAAAGAGAAGAUACUACAAAGGAUAGACGAGAGAGAUACCGAGCUGAAAGAAUUACAAAUGAAACUGACAAAAGAACAGCAAACAUUUGAACAGAAGCUAAAAGCAAAACAUGAAGAGAUAAACAGGUGGAAAGCCAAGUUAGCAGAGAUGGAAAGGGAUCGGAUAAGUUGGGAGGAAAGGGAGGAAGAGAAAAGGCAAAGACAUGAAAUGGAGCUAAGAGAUCUGAGUGCAAAGCUCAAACAGAAGGAGGUGGAGUUGAGGCAGUUGAGACUGAAGAUUGAUGAAUUGAAUCAAGAGAACAAGGAGGAGAAGAGAACAAGACUGGAGCAACAAGAAGACCUUGAACGACAAACAAACUUCCUACAAGAGAGUGAGGAGGAGGCACAGACACUAAAAAAGAUUUUACAACAAAAAGAAACAGAGGAAAAAGUCAGAGUCCACCAUGAGGAAGAGGAGAGGAGAAGACUGAGAGAAAAACUGCAUGAGGCUGAGCAGGGGAGCCUUGAACUCUCAAGCUGUCUGCGAGAGACCAAAUCGGCACUUGAGAAGGAAAAACGUCUGUGUAGAGAGAAAGAGGAAGAGCUUAUGGACUGUAAUCAAGAGCUACUGUUGGUCAGUCGUGAGCGAGAUCAGGAGAGGGAGAGUUUAGACAAACUGCAGAAGAUGAUGGACGAACAAGACAAAGAGGUGAAGACAUUGAGGGAAAAACUGGAUGAAAGGUUGCGGGAAGUGGAGAGGUUGUCUGAACUGCUGCUAGAUGGCCGUGGGGAAGCACAGGUGCUUAAAACCAGGGCAGAGAACAGUGAAGAGGAGACACAACGAUUGAAUAGGUCUUUGAGUCAGAUUGAAGACGAGAAGAGGCACCUGGAGACUCAACUUAGAGAUGCAAAAACACAAGAAGAAAGAUUGAGUGCCAGGCUUGAGGAUCUUCAGAAAGGUCAACAAGUCCAGAUGGAGAAGACGGGAUGUGUGGAGAAGCUUGAGGCCCGCGUAAAAGAGUUGGAGGAGGAGAAAGACCAUCUCUCUGCAGAAUUUCAAAGGAAAGAGAGAGAGAUUGGGGCUCUGAAAGAUGAAACACUUAGGGAGAGACGAGAGAAGGAAAGAAUAAGCUCUUUGCUGAAUGAGGCAAAAGAAAGGAGGGAUGCUUUGGUUGCCCAGGUGGAAACUUUACAAGAAGAGGUAGUUAGUCUAUCUAGAACCAAAGAGCAAACCAGGUCUAAGGUCAAGGUACAAGAAGAGCAAAACCAUAAGAUGCGAGAGGGGCUUAUCGCAGGGCUCCAGGAGAUGGCUACUCUAAAAGAACUGCUGGAGGAGAGCCAUCAUGAGGGAGAGAGACUGAGGUCCAUGUUGCAGGAAAAGAAGGAAGAGGUGGUUCGAAGCAGAGAUGAGAGUGUAAGGGUGGCACAGAAUGAAGCCAAAGAUCUUCAACUUAGAGUCCAGACAUUAGAGAAGCAAAAACAGGAGCUUAAGUCAGCACUUCGACUCCAAGAGGAAGAACUAAAGAAGAAAAAUGAGGAGCAAAUGCGAGAAAAAGAGCAAAUGCAGAGAAGACAGAAGUUAGAGGAGGAAUUGAAGGAAAUGGAGAGCAUAGUGGAGCAGAGAGAGGCUGAGUUGACCAGAGCGAGGGCUAGAAUGGAUGUUCUGGAAGAUCAGAGGACUGAACUCAGCUCUGUGGCUGCAGAGAGGACCAGAAAGGCGGAGGAACUGAGCAACAGAGUCAGAGAGCUAAAACAGGAUGUUGACAGAUUAAGAGAGGAGCAAGUAAGAGACCAUGAAGAUUGGCAAAGGAAAAUAGAGGCACUUGAAAGACAAAAUAAAGAGAAACAACAUGAGCUUGAGGGAUUGGAGCUUCUCAGAAAAACACUGAGGGAAAAGGAAAACGAGUUAGAAUUAAUGAAGGAUCGAUAUGAUGAUGAAACAAGAAAAAGCAAGAGAUUUCAGCAAGCAGAGGAGCAGAACUUAAGGCAAUUAGAAGUAUUCUCUGAGAGACUGAAAGAUAAAGAAACUGAUUUGGUGAGUGUUCGAGAAACGGCCCACAAAGAACAAUCAGCAAGACUUAGAUUUCAGUAUCAACUUGAAGAUGAGAAAAGAGAUACAAAGGCAUUGAGGGAAAAAGUUGAAACCUUGGAGAAAGAGAAGAAAAAGAUGGAGACCAAAAUGGAGGGGGAGAUAUGCAACUUUAAAGAAUCUGUAAAGAACGACAAAGGACCAAAGACAGAUAGUGGCUAUGGUACUCUAUCAGACUUCCUAGAAAUGAAUGUGGAAGAUCAGUCUCAUGAUGACAAGUGGUUAGCGAUAGACACACUUAGAAAGGAACUGACAAGAAAGGAACAGGAAUUAGAGGUGUUGAGGACCAAGGCUCAUGUCCUGCAGACUGAGAUAGACAGACUGUACUCUACAAAAAGAAACCAGACCAUAGAAACUAGGCCAGCAGAGAAUGAAGACAUGGAGAGGCUAAAGAAACAAGUGGCCACUGUCCUUUUUGAGAAAGAGCAGAUGGAAAGACUCCUGAGAGAGAAGGACUCAGAAGUAUAUGCUCUGAAAGAGAGAGCAGAGGUGCUAAGUAAAGACAGGGACCGGGUCAGGACAGCUCUAGAGAAGACUGAAACCAUGCUGAUUUACUAUAAGGAAAGACUUGGACCACAGGAACGUAAAAGAACCCGACCAGGAGCUGAUAUGUCACAGGAAAAAGAGCUUGAACCAAAAGCCCAGUCCAUAGAUGAGGUGGAUACAGACUCUGCUGUGCUGGACCGUCUGUCGGCCAUGCAGCGGGCUGUGGCACAACUGGAGGUUGAACAGAAUGUUCUACAGAAGAAAAACACACAUCUGGAGAAGAAGAUAGAGAGACUACGAACUGAGCGACAGCAACUGAGAGAGACAUUGACACAGGUUGAGCUGGAGAGGGGGAAACUGAGGCAUCAACUGUCACAGUCAGAAGCGGGAAUUCUGGGCCUGUCAGACGAUACUGACAAGGAAGAGUUGAAGCGACUCAGAGUCCGAGCCAGUGAGCUUGAAGAACAGGUUCAUCAUCUUCGACUUAUGUUGGCAGUGGACCAUCAGCAGAGGGAAGUGUUCAUAGAUCACUCUCUGAAGAACAGCCAGAGUCUCAUGUCCCUGAGACGGGAUCUAAAUGAGUCUUUAGCUGUGGUGUCCCAGCGGCCCGUGCCCUCAGUGCUGGAGUCAGAGACACAGAGGCUGGACAGAAGCAUCAGAGAGGAAGAGCUCCGACUGUCUCUCAGCCAAAGCUAAAACACAACACUCCUUUUAGUAUAUAAUGACUUAAAUAGUUUAUUUGACACUAUAUUUUGCACUUAGUACAAUGUUAGAAUUAACAUUUAGUAAUUCUGUCAGUGCGCUUCAAAUGUAUUUCAUACGAGACAGGACUCAGGGUUUAAAUAACAGCUUUACUAUUUUACCAUUUUGUACAAAUAUAUUUAUGUAUUUUUGAUCAUUUUAAUGUCAUUAAAUAAUUCUGAAAAUGCUAACUAGUUACAGAAUAUCAGCUUUAACCAGAUGUGGUCUAAAUCAUGUCUUGUCUAAUACAUUGUCUCAUGGACAGACAGAUAAUUUACAUAUAUUUUAAAGUAUACGCAGCUAAAAGCUUUGCAUUCGUGUUUAAAAUACCUUUCAAAGCUAUUCCAUCAGUGUUAUUAUUUGUGCAAUAUAAGCAAUCUGAAAUGCAAUGGGUUAUUUUUUAUGUUCACUUUUUGAAUAAACUUGAAUUAAAAUCA